AUGCAAAACAAGGUCUGGCUAGUAAGAUCUGGGUGGGGAGAGGGGCUGCAAGGAGUUUCUGUGGCGCCAAGGUCACAGGUCUCCCCAAGCCCUGACCUCAACCCUGGGACGAGGUCAGGAGCUGUGCAGAUUAUUACCCAGAGACACCUCUACUCCGGCUCUGUAUACCAGGAGCCGGGAGAGGGGUGUGUAAGGUACGUACUGCCCAUUUCUCAGGCUGCUGCAUUUGCUUUCAAAGCAGAAAUCUUGCUCUUUGAGCAAAGUCAGCAGCUCCAACUCAGGCCGAUAAGGAAGCUCUCCAGGCGGAGCAGGGAGGAGCCUGACCUUGCAGGGUUCUUCUGGGGCCCAAGGCAGGUUGCAGGGAUCCAGUCACAUGGGCUGCUCUGGGCCUCUAGCAUUUGUGUUUUCCAGCAUUAA